AUGUCUGUCAUGUCCCAAGACGUUGUCGAACACUACUACAACGCUCACAAGCUUGCGGAGACGAUUGAGGAUUGGGCAAACGGUGUUAGUAUUUCCACAGAAGAGAUGGAGUUCGUUAAGCCCACCAAUCCUGAGGCCAAGAUGCCUCGCAUAAUCGACAUCUUGCUCCAGCGACACGAAGAAGCCCGAGCUAUCAUGGAUCUAAUUGAGGAACAGCUUCUGAAGCUCAACUAUGAGAUUCAACAGAAACAAGUCACUGAGGCCCCUUCUUCUAAACACGGUGGCUCGAGCGAUGGAGGAGGGUCCAAGCGCGAGUACCUCACCGAAGACUCUGAGGCCCAACGUCUCCCGUCGGAGGAGAUCUGGCCGUACAUUCCGUUAGGCAGCGAUUCUGAGGACUCGUUCAAAAAGAGGAUGAAGAAGGGAAGGAAGAGACCCAAGACCGAGGAAGAGAAGAAUCGGCAUAUCAACAAGGUCUUCAUACGGGAGAAUGGAAUUCUUCCGUUAUUGGAUCCUGAUGCACAGCUUUGA